GCCGAGCGCUGCGAGCGGAGCCGGGGCCGGGGCAGCCGCUGCCCCCCGCCGCUGCUCGCAGCCCUGCCCUGCCCGCCCCCCUCCUCCGUCCCGCCCAAGCCAUGAACUUUGGCCGCGGCCCCGCCGUGGUGUUGAACGUCGGGGGCACCCGGUACUCUUUCUCCCGGGAGGUGCUGAAGGAUUUCCCGCUGCGGCGGGUGAGCCGCCUGCACGGCUGCCUGUCGGAGCAGGACGUGCUGGAGGUGUGCGACGACUACGACCGGGAGCGGAACGAGUACUUCUUCGACCGUCACUCGGAGGCUUUCGGCUUCAUCAUGCUCUACGUGAGGCACGGGCACCUCCGCUUCGUGCCGCACAUGUGCGAGCUCUCCUUCUACAACGAGCUCAUCUACUGGGGGCUGGAGGGCUCCCACCUCGACUACUGCUGCCAGCGCCGCCUCGACGACCGCAUGUCCGAGACGUGCACCUAUUACUCGGCCGAGGAGCCGCCGGGGGAUUCCGGCGCCGGUCCGAGGGGCAAAGCCCGGCGGGCGGCGGCGGCGGCGGCCGAGGGAGGGAAGUGGCUGGAGAGGAUGCGGCGGACUUUCGAGGAGCCCACGUCUUCGCUGGCGGCCCAGGUGCUGGCCACCGUCUCCAUCCUCUUCGUCAUCGUGUCCAUGGUGGUGCUGUGCGCCAGCACCCUGCCCGAGUGGCGGGCGCCGGAGAACCGCAGCGUGGAGGAGCAGAGCAGGUACACAGCAGAGUCAGUGAGGGAGCCCUCAGGGAUAAUUGAAGCUAUCUGCAUAGGCUGGUUCACUGCAGAGUGCAUUGUGAGGUUCAUCGUUUCAAAGAACAAGUGUGAGUUUGUCAGAAGACCUCUCAACAUUAUUGAUUUACUGGCAAUUACUCCUUACUACAUCUCUGUUCUAAUGACAGUUUUUACAGGGGAAAAUUCGCAACUCCAGAGGGCUGGAGUCACUUUGAGGGUCUUAAGAAUGAUGAGGAUUUUUUGGGUGAUUAAACUGGCUCGUCAUUUCAUUGGCCUUCAAACACUUGGUCUGACUCUGAAGCGUUGUUACAGAGAGAUGGUGAUGCUCCUUGUCUUUAUCUGUGUUGCUAUGGCAAUUUUCAGUGCACUUUCCCAGCUGCUUGAAAAUGGGCUGGACUUGGGAACAAAGAAUAAGGAUUAUGCCAGCAUCCCUGCUGCUUGUUGGUGGGUGAUCAUCUCUAUGACCACAGUUGGUUACGGUGACAUGUGUCCCAUCACAGUACCGGGAAGGAUUCUUGGAGGAAUCUGCGUGGUUAGUGGCAUCGUUUUACUAGCCUUGCCAAUCACUUUCAUUUAUCAUAGCUUUGUGCAGUGUUACCAUGAGCUCAAGUUCCGAUCUGCUAGGUAUGGUAGAAGCCUCUCUGCUGAAUUCUUAAAUUGACCCUACUCGAAUUCUGUUGUAGUUACUUGCUAAGCUUUGUCUUAGAAGAGAACGGUGGAAAGUCCCUUCAUGUUUCCUCCUUGACUGGAUGGUCCUAUGGAACAACAUUCUCGUCCCGCCUGGAGAAAGCCCGUCACCAUUCAGACAGGAAGGAUGGCUACCUACCUUGGGCAUCUUGCAAGGAAAAAGAGUGAUUUUUCAAAUCUGAGAGAACAAAAUGACAAAACAGGAUUCAGAAGUCCUCAACCAGACCAGCUUGGUCUUCAGUUUGCCUUUCCACAUGAACGCAGAACAAAUAAAUGGGCUUAACACUGAGGUCCAUCAUUCCCAUAAUUACAUCUUAUAUCAUUCAGAGCAAUGUGUAGCAGAAGUACAUGCAGCUCUGAAUGUUGUAGCAAAGACCUCCCUAACCACAGUUACUUUCUUCUCUGGAAUCAAAUCUUUAAUUGAAUUGUUAUACUUUAUGAAGAUCAACAUAAAAAUACUGGCAUUGAUAAAUGUAUUUUCAGGUAGUUUAGUGGGAGAGCUAUCCAAAUUUUAUAUACGCUCAGUUCAACUCCAUCCACCUGAAGUUACAUAUUCAUAAUCGUUGGUUUUUUUUCCACUUAAUUAAACAUUUAUGUAUAUCAUAGUGAAAGCUCUCUAAGACAAAUUAUAAAAUUCCAUCACUUGAAAUGAUCUGGAGAAAGCACUGGAAAACAAAUGUAGCUGCUCCUUGUCAAAUGUGACUCUCCAUCAUCUUUAAAUUACACAGUCCUUAACAAAGGAUACACUUUAUGGAAGUUUCAAAAACAACUGCCCAAAAGAUAUCAAAGUAAGUGAAAUAUAGAAGUGCAAGUUGCACUUGGCAAAAGGGUAUAUUCUCCAGUGUAACUACAAAUUAAAAUGAAUCAAGUUAGGUUCUGAAAUGCUGUUCACUACAUUUCUUGUGUAGUACUGCUAAGUAGCCUUGUACUGUAUAAUUCUGAAAAGCUGCUAUGUAGAACUGUGCAGUUACAUACUAAAACAUGUUUAGGUACAGCUUUACAAAUUUGGAUACCAAUAAACAUCAGUGAAGAACCUUAUUACUAACCUCAAAGUUCAGAGUCGUCAGCAUAGUUAAAUUUGGUGUGCUUGCCUUAAAAUAAUGCAUUUAAUAUUACUGUACUGUAGAAGCAUCUUUUGUAUAUGUAUUUGUUAACAGCUUUAGAAAUAAAAUGAGUACCACCUAGAAAACAGAGAUUUGGAACUGCUCUCUCAGAGAGAAGUAUCGCGUUGGCCAGUGACUGGUAUGUUGAAGGCUCUACCCUGAAAGAGCGCUUGAGACUUGAACAAUUUAUUAGCAUUUUAUGUGGUCUUAGUCGUAAGUAGUCUUAAAGGAAUACAUUGAAGAAUAAAAUGUUUCUGAAGACCUGAAAAGAAUUUUAGCAGCUUUCUAAAUACAAGCUUGACUUUUCCUGCAGCAGUUUUUAUAGAGCGUAUUAUUGAGUAACAUUACAGACAUACCUCCAUUUCUUGCCACUGACACAUUCUGGUGCACAGGUGGUCAGCUGUAAACUUCCCUAUUCUGCUAUACUUAUGCCUUUUGUAUCAGAAUUAUGUAGUUCAGGAAUGUGCUCUUGCAACCACAGAGAGGUGAAUAUCAGUUAAGCAAAAAAUUCCUAAGUGAGAUUCACAGCUGAUGUUAGCUAGGCAAGUAGUGACUUCAUAGACACUCAAGAUAUCUUACACCAGUGGAGAUGUGCUGGCUCUGUAUUCCUGCAUGUGUACCUAUAUAUAUCCUGCAUAUAUUAUAUAUUAUAGUCAGUUGCAAUGUUUUCUCCUCCUUACAAAAAAAUUCCUCCUUGAUAAAAUCCAAACAUCUUUUUGAAGAAAAUGAUAUCUUCAUCUUCUAAUGAAAAGUUUACUUUGGCAGUAUAAAACUAAUCAAAAUUUCAAGGAGAAAACUUCUAUUUUUUUUAAACUUCUCUCAAUUUUUUUUUCCUUUAAAAAUGGAAAAACAAAAACAAACAAACAAAAACCCAAUACCCAGUUGAGAUCUUCUACCUACAGAUUUUCAUGUUAUUUCCCAAGUAUUAACCUUGGGAAAAAUACCAAUAAACACCCUUAAAAAUGACUUUGUCUUUUGUUCAUUGACCAAAUCAAUACUCUGGGGUAAAACCCUCCUUCCACAGAACAACUCACCAUCAGGAUGACAAUUGUUUGAAAUCAGUAUAAGUACUUUAAAGUAUGUUGCAAUCUUGAUUCCAAGACAAAAUAAAACACACUGCAAUACUACUCACUACUACCAUAAAUCUAACUUUUAGAUGCCUGUACAAAGGAAAAAAUACAUACAAAUUAAUGCACAUAUUAACUUGUGAAUAUCAAUUUGCAUAUUGAAUCAUUUUGUAUAAGCAAUUAAGUACAGGAAAUUUUCAAAGAUGAACAGAUCCAGGUUAUAUCUGGUACACAAACAAAAUGUUUGAUCCUUUAUUAAUUGUUUUCCAGCUAAUGAAUCCAUUCCCCAGUGUAAAAAGAUUAGCUACUGAAAAUAAUUGUGUAAAGGAAUAAGUCUGUGGAGAUCAUAUACUUUUUUAAAAUAGUUCAUGUUCAAUUUUUGUAUGGCAAAAUGUGGACAGAAUGACCUUAUGUAUUUUUAAUUCAGCUAUAAUAAAAUAUUAUUUUGGAACUGCUCUCUUUAUACAACAAUUAAGAAGAGAUACUGUUGGGUUGGUUCUUCUGUUGUAGGGUUUCUUUUUGGUUGGUUUUUUUUUUUUUUUUUUUUUUUUUUUUUUGCUGUUGUCUUAUGAUUAUCAGCAUGUAGACUUUGGUUUCCUUAGAAACCAAGUUGAAGUAACAUGAUCUCAAUAGUAACCUUAAAAUAAAAUAUUAUACUAAGCAAUUAGGGUUCCUGAUUUUUAGCAGUAUAUGUUAUACCAUCUUCUAUGGACAAAUGUUUUUCUUUUUUUUUCUUUUUUUUUUUCUUUAAUGAAACUGUAAAGAAAAUGAAUUAUAUUUGUGGUCAAAAACGAGAAUAUAUUUGAACAGGUGAAACUUUUACUGAAAGCGUACUUGGGAUUGUGUUUUAUGCAGCCAUUGGGUACAGUACUUUCUUUUAAAAUACAGCAUGUCAAAGACAAAUGAGGACAAACUGGCUCAUUUCUAGUAUUUGCCAGUUUUAAUCCAAUACAAUAAAAACAUUUAAUGGUUGGUACUUCUUUGAUCAUUAGAAACAUUUGCAAUUGAAACAAAUUAGAUAAAACAUAAAAUAAUAAAAGUGAAGAUAAAUGAAGACAACUUACAAUUGUGACCCCGCCUUUAUGUUCACCUAAAGUUAAACCAAUGCCAAUGAAUUCUGAAGUACCAUUAUCCAUCUUGAAGACAGCAAAGGUUAAUCAUACCUUAGAGUAGAUAAAACUUUAGAUUUGAUCCUUAAAACUGACCUAUUGGGAACUGCACACCGGCUGCAGACCUUCAGGGCAUUCAAUGCCAUUUAAACAAUUGAUAAUUACUGAAAUUACAUCUAUCUUCCUUCUAGAAUUCUUCAUGGAGCAUCAUCCUCAAAAAUUGCAAAUAACGAAAGACAGUUUUCUUUGAUACAAGUCCAUGAAAUAAUAUUUCUUUUACGGACACCUGCAAAAAACAAACAAAAACCCCCAAUUAAUUUAAUCAACUGGCGAUUUUACAGUUUUAUUAUCAUAGGGAUCAGCCAUUCAAACAUGUGAAAUUCAUUGUUACUGCACAGUGGUUGAUGCUGGUGUACACAGCAGCAAGCUUGAAGAUAAAAAUCCCAUGCGCCUUUCUUGAUAACUAUGUAUUUAAAGCAAAAAGUUUUUGUAUUGUCUAUGAAAUUUAGUCCCUGUGAAGGAAUCAGUCUCCAACUUUAGUGUUCAGCUUUGCUGUUUCAGAAAGAAAACUCAUGUCCUUAUGUGUUCAAAUCACUUGUCUCUUCCCCUCUUGGUAAUGAUAAGAAAACCUUAGCCUCAAGAGCCUGCCAGCAGUAGCAGUACACACACAGCAGACACUGAAUUCCAUAUUCAAAACAAUGAGUCUUCCAUAAGCCAGCAGGAUGAACAAGGUCUGCUCUGUUCUGAACAUUCUUCCACAUAAGAGGUUCAGGAUGAAACAACUGCUUAGAAUUUCGGUCUCUUGAAGUACCUUCAUGUUUUUAAUAUUAUCCUUUCCAGUGUGCUUAUAAGAUGUUUGGCAGAAAAGAACCUUAGCUCUGCAUAGCAAAAAUUAAAAUAAAUAAAUAAAU